UAACGCUUGAUUUGUCCGGUUUGUUCUCUGGUCAUUUGUUUCCGUGUUCUGAUCUGCACAAGGACAAAUUCUGUUUGAUUGUGUUGCGGUUCGGUUCGAUCAGCAGUGAGUUCGGUCAUGGCUCGGCUGCUGCUGAGGGGCAGUUUGAGGGGGUAUUUCACCUCGCCGCUGCGGAUGGGAUCUGACCAGCUGGGUGAGAUGGGCUCAGGAGCCGGUAAAGGCGGAGGAGCCGGCGGGUCGGUGCGGGAGGCCGGAGGAGCGUUCGGUAAGAAGCAGGCGGCGGAGGAGGAGCGCUACUUCAAGCAGAAGGAGAAGGAGCAGCUGGCGGCUCUGAAGAAACACCAUGAAGAAGAAAUCGACCAUCACAAGAAGGAGAUCGAGCGUCUGCAGAGAGAGAUCGACAGACACAAGGGCAAGAUCCGAAAACUCAAACACGACGACUGAAGCCCGUCUUCAUCUUCAUCAUCAUCACUCCCUGUGCCUGAGAGAGCCUCUGUCUGCCUGUAACCAGUGCUUUAUCAAUAAAUGUUUGCAAAAAUCCGCUGUCUUCAGAGUAGAACGAGUAUGAAAUGAUUUGCAUAUGAAAAUAAACUGAGUUUAUCUGAAA